UCCCGUGAGUCUGCGCGGGAAGUGGAAACCAGCGGGGAGGCGAAGCAGUACGCGGUCCGCUGGGUCGGCGGCGUCCACUGUUCUGAGGCGCUUGCUGCUAGCCCAGCGGCCCGAGCUCUCCGCCGCCAUGCCCAUGAAGGGCCGCUUCCCGAUCCGCCGCACCCUGCAGUACCUGGCCCAGGGGGACGUGGUGUUCAAGGACUCAGUGAAGGUCAUGACGGUGAACUACAACACGCACGGGGAGCUGGGCGAGGGCGCCAGGAAAUUUGUGUUUUUCAACAUACCUCAGAUCCAGUACAAAAAUCCUUGGGUUCAGAUCAUAAUGUUUAAGAACAUGACACCGUCCCCCUUCCUGCGGUUCUAUCUGGAUUCCGGGGAGCAGGUCCUUAUGGAUGUGGAGACCAAGAGCAAUAAGGAGAUCAUGGAGCACAUCAAAAAAAUAUUGGGGAAGAGCGAGGAGACCCUGGAAAGAGAGGAGGAGGAGAAAAAGCAGCUUUCUCACCCGGCUCACUUUGGCCCCCGCAAGUACUGCCUGCGGGAGUGCAUCUGCGAGGUGGAGGGGCAGGUCCCUUGCCCGGGCCUGGUGCCGUUACCCAAGGAGAUGACAGGGAAGUACAGAGCGAUGCUGAAAGCCAGCGCCCAGGACUAAGGCCCCAGGCCACGCUCAGGGACACCCCUGCCUGUCCUCGAAGGGACUCUGAAAAUCUCUUUGGCUGAAGCGUUCCCGUCACACGGCUGUGUGGAAGGACACGGGAGGGAGGGGGGAGUGUCUGCCCUGGAGCUGCCAGACCGUCCCCACUCCAGGUCAAUAAAAUGCUUCCAGGUCUCCA